GGUGACAUAUGGGAGGGCAUAUACUCAGAAGAAUGUUUCUUCGGAGAUCCUACAGUCAGCUUCACAGGACUGCAAAAGUGGCGCCGAAAUUUGCAGCUGCUAGUGCCCUUCUUGGAAGACCCGCAGAUUGAACUCUUUUCACUGGGCGUUGUAGGCAGUAGGGAAAAGCAAGCUGCAGUCAGACUAAAGGCUGACUGGCGCCUGUCCACAUAUUUGAGGCUUCCAUGGAGACCUUUCAUCGAUGUCCUGGGGAGCACAGAAUACACUCUUGAUGAGGCAUCACAGCAGGCGCGCAAUCUC